UUUCUUAAGUAUAAUAGUGUGUGGCAUUAUUGUAUUAGUAUCUUUCAAGUGGUAUCAAAAAGAACUCUUCCCCACCUCCCCUCAACACUGUACCCUGGCACUUUUUUGAGACUACAAAUUCAGACCCCCCCUUCUCGCUUAUUACUCGUAUUCAUUCCUCUCUCUCUCUCUCUCUUAAUCUCUCUCUCUCUCUCACUAGUUUCAAAUCUUCUUCAUAGUACAAAAACCACGAUUCCCUUAUUGUAAUCCCAAAACCCUUUGUUUACCUUCUUAUUAUCUCUCUCAAGUCUCAACCAAAAAAAAAAAGAGGAAGACAAGAAAAGACCCCUUUUUCUCAUUCUAAACUCACAAGUCGCUCUCUCACUCUCCCACAACAGGAAAAAAGAGAGACCUUUUUUUAUUGUAAUCCCAGAAGCCAAAAGUCCUCUAGCAACAUACAGAACAACCGUGUCUCUCUGUUUUUAUCAUAUAUCUUUGUUUUCUGUUUUUGGGGGAAAUACUACAACUCUUUUCUUGAUUAUAUUAUAAUAUAUUGGCUCAAUUCAAUAUAUAAAAUGACGACGAUAGUAUGCCAAGGUUUACAGUCAUGUUUGGACUCACCACAGCUUGUUGAGUCGAGAACACUGAGGCUGAGGCUCUCUUCUUCCAUAACACCUCACUUGGCACCGCCACAGCCACAACCCUUUGAUUUGUCAGCCUUGAAAUCCUGCUUCCCAGAUGCCAAAGCAAACGAACCAGCAGAGAAAUGCCAGCAGCCUAAUCAACCCCAAGAAAGCCAGACCUCGAAGAACACUGAAACGGGUGGAUGGUGCUUCCUCCAAUCUCUCCCAAACAGUCAAAGUUACAAGUUUGACAAGGAAAAGACUUAUGUCCAUCCCAUGGUUAAAAGCUCAUCUUCUUGUCUUAGCGAAAAGAGCUUGAAAUUGUGUACUGAAAACUUGGGAAACGAGACAGGAACUGACAUGUCUGAAAGCGGCAUUUUGUCGAACACUUCGGAAUCAGAGUCAAAAAGUGAAGAUUGUUCUCGUCGGCGUUUGGCGGCUAGGAAAUCUAGAUCGUCAUCAUCACCUGCUCGUAACUUUCCACCUCCAUUGACAACGAUGAGUGGAGCUGAAUCUCUCCAAAUCAAGCCUCAUCGAGAAGAGGGGCGGCUUAUAAUCACGGCCGUUAAAAGUCCACCAAGAAUCUCUUGUUUUCACGCCGAGAGAAGUCAUGGCCGCCUUCGACUGUGCUUUAUGGAAAAUUAUACACCUACUUUUGACUCAGGAGAAAGAGUCACAAAUGAAGAAAGUGAAAGCUGUGAAAACGACACCAUAGAUGAAGAAGAAGAAGAAUUAGAUGAGAGAGAAGAAGAAGAAGAAGAAGAAGAAGAAGAAGACGAAGAAGAAGAAGGAUGUUCGAGUGAGGGCAUGGAUGAGAAAAAAAUACAAGUGGAGGGCCCAAUGGGAAUGGAAAAUUAUGAAAGGAAAAACUUAAGAAGGUGCAAAGAAGGUGGUGAACAUGAGAAGAACAAAGCAUUAAUGUUUAAUUGGGAUCAAUUUUGGGUGGCUACUUCAUAAAAGCCUUAUUUUGGAUUUUAUCUCUAUUAAUUUUACAUCAUCAAGUCCCAAAAUUAUUAUUAUUAUUAUUAAAAAUAUUGAAAGAAUUUUUGUAAUAGUUUGUCUUUCUCUCUUUUUUGUUCCCUUUUUCCUUCUAUAAAUUCCUCUUGUUUCCUCAAA